AUGAGAAGUCUAAUACCAACCGGUACUUUGACAGCUCUGAUCACUGCAUUUCAUAUACGUGGGAAACCUUGCGGUCGUAUUCAGUGGCGAAGAAAAAUGACAAUAGAAGACCUGACAGUAUCCUCAAAAGUACUAGCUAUUGGUAUUAAGGAUUUCUUAUUACCAAAUUUUGGCAUAUAUGCGCAAGCCUACAGCGCAGAAAACUCUGAUGCUCCUUUUGCAUCAGUAAUGCGAAUCUUUCCUUAUCAGAAAACGCUUUCAGUGGAUGGUCCGUUAAUGGUGACUUCUAACGCUGGUAAUGAUCAUAAAUCAGCUGUUGGUGUAGAUUACACCACAUUUGAUAGUUUCAAAGAUUUGCAUGAUUUUCUAGCAUCUAAUGAGAAUUUUAAAGACUACCAGACAAUUAUCAUUUCUUCUCCGAAUACUUUCAAAAAAGAACUGGUUCGUCGUAAGCGUGUUUCCUCGAAUGUUAGUUUUGAUGACGAACCUUCAUCUGAUGAAGUUCCUAAAGCAAGUAGUCGAAAGCGGUUAUCUGCCGCGAAUCGUCAUGAUAUGCCUGUUGUGCUGCCUGCUCCUAAUCCAUCACAAAAAACAACAUGUCUGCUGUACAUGGAAGCUUUUGACAUUAUUAUUCCGAACUCUCGUUUCAUAACUGUUGGUAGUGAGGGCAAAAACAAGUAUUUAUCUGAGCCGGACUACUUUAAGUGUAAUGUGAGCAGUAAUCAAGGUGGUGCAAGGUUAGAUUUCGCACGAAGUCGAAAUGGCUAUUGGUAUUUAGAUAGUACGAGCUUAAAGAAUAGUUUCAAAAUUACAGCUAUGGGCGAUGAACAUGACCUAACUAUAAGUAGUGGUACUGCUACCAAUCCAGUAGAUGUUGGAGCCGUCUUUAAUCAGAAUUUUGCUUGUUCUCAAACGGAUGCAGCAAUUUUCAACGCAUCGAGUGGUAGUUAUCUAACACGUGUUGGAAUUGCAUUACGGAAUUUUGAGGUGAGUUUGGGACUUAAAGGUGACAAGACACAGUUUGGAUACCAUACAUUGGAUUGUGUUGGAACGUUUAGUGCUGGCAGUUGGAUGGGCAUUAUCAUUUCUGUUGUCUUUAUAAGCAUUCUGUUGUUCGGUUAUUUGAUGGUGCAGUCAAUACAUACGAUGGAUCGGUUUGACGAUUUGAAACAAAAACAAAUCGUAAUUAAUUUCAAAGAAUGA